CGUGCAUCGGUCACGAUUGUUUUGCUGCUCGCUGGUUACUUGGGCACGGUUGCAGCAAACCAUAUAACUAAGACCGCUUCAUUAGCAUGUAGCUAUGCCAUAUCUAGGUCAUUAGCGAUACUAUUGUUUCCCAAACCUAGGCAUGGCGCUGCAGGUGUCUCUGACACUUAAUAAGACAUACUUUUUACCUGGAGAAGUUGUACAAGUCUCUGUACAGAUAUGUAACGAUUCGGACAGCGCCAGCCAGGAUGCACUGCCGGGAGUGCCACAGGUUAUACACAUAAAGGAGCUCAGCUUCCAGGCCUAUGGCUCCGAGCGCACGGACCCCAGCUUCAUCCACCGGUUGCAUCGGCCAGACGUGCCUGUGGAUAUCUCGGAUUCGCGGAAGCAGGUCCGCACCAUCUUCAGCACGGAGCCGGCGGUGCUGGUGAACGACCAGGUGCUGGCGCCGCGCGCGGUGCAGCACUUCCAGCUCAGGUUCCGGCUGCCUGCGCCGCUGCCGCCGUCCUUCCGCGGCAGCUCCCUGCGCUUCCUAUACCUGAUCCAGGUCAAGUCCGUGUACGAGGUGCACAGAGGUGGGCUGGAGGCGGUGGUGUAUGAGACCACGGCCUCCACCUCGCUCAUGGUCUGGCCCAGCACCGGACUGGCGCUGGCGGCGGGGCCAGGAGGCGGCGGCGGCGGUGGCGGAGCCGGGCCCGACCGGCGCAGCAGCUCCUUGGACACCAACAGCAGCAGCACUGCGGCCGCGCUCAGUGCCGCGGCCGCGUCCGCGGCUGCAGCAGUGGCGGCGGGUGGGGCUGGCGGGGCCGCGCCGGCGCGCGAGCUGUCACGGAGCAACACGGCGGGAGGCGACGCCGGGGCAGGGCCGGGACCGAGGCCGAUAGACUCGCAGCGGCGGCUGAGCAGUGCGGGAGGCGUGCCUCCCUCGCCAUCAGCAUCGCAGACGCCCACGCACGCGAGCACCGGGCCGCUGGCAUCGCCUUCGGGCGGCGGGCCGGGCGGCGGCACAGGAGCGGGUCAGGGCGGGACGGAUGACUCGGACGUGGGCAUGAUCGACUACGUAUUGGGGCGGAACAACUGCCGAAUCCGCUGGCAAGAGGUGUUCCCGGCGCACGGCCCGGGGUCGCGCGGCGACGCCUCGGGCCGGGGUCGGACAGAUGGUGGCGGCGGCCCGACCGGCGGGGCGGGCGGCGCCACACCCAGCGGCUUCGCCCCCGGCGGCGGCCAAGGCGGCGUCAACACGGCUGGCUCUGGCGGCCGCAGCGUAAUCCCCUUUGGCGUCAACCGCCCCUUCGCGCCGCCCUUCCCAAACACCGCUUCCAAUCCUGCAACCGGGAUCGCGCCAUUCGCUGCGGAUUCAGACCUUGACGAUGAGGAGGAGGGCGGCGCCGGCCGCCGCCUCGGCGCCGUCAACGGCUCCACCGCCGGCCCCGCCACACAGGGCAGCGGCGCUGGUGGCGGCUCCAGCAGCGGCGGCGCGAGCGGUGUGCAGCGGCAGAUGUCAUCAGGCGCGGCCGGGCUGGGGCCGUACGUGCGGCAGCCCAGCCGGCGCGGGUCGCUGUUCGGCAAGGUGUAUGCGCUCAACGUGGGCGAGCAGCCGCUGCUGAGGCUGCUGAUGCAGGCGCCGCUGGAGGUGCCGCUGCAGCCGGGCGCCACGUUCGGCGGCGUGUUGGACUUCCGGCCGCCCGCCUCCCUGCAGCCGCUGCAGCCGCAGGCCUCGGCGGGGCUGGGGCCGGCCGGUGCCGGCGCCUCCACGGCCGGCGGCGGCGGGCCUGGCGUGGCGGCGGCGCUGGCGCGGCCUCCGGUGGCGUGCCACGACGUGGUGGUGCUGCUGGAGAGCGAGGAGGUCGUGUCGGCGGAGUGCCGGCCGCAGGGCAAGCGCGACGGCAGCGGCAUCCCCGGCGGCACACCCUACGUCAUCCGGCGGCUGCAUGCGGAGGCGCACGAGCUGACCCCCGACACCGCCCUCACCAGCUUCACCCUGUCGCUGCCCGCCACCGCCACGCCCUCCUUCCGCACGCCCAUGGUGGCGCUGCGCUGGGUGCUGCGCUUUGAGCUGACGGUGGGGCCGCGCAUUAACUUCGCGGCGCUGGACAAGCGGCUGAAGAGCCCGCGGCCGGCCUUUGAGCAGCUGGUGUGGUCGCUACCGCUUGUGGUGCGGCCGCCAGUGGCGGGGUGGGGGCGGUAGCGCAUGCAUGUGACGAGGGCACCGAGCGCGGCAAGUGGUAGGACUGUUUGGGUUGGGGGGGGGGCAUUCGGGCAGGUGGAAGAUGCUCACUGCCAGCGUGGGGGCAUCGGGAUGGUGCGGGCAUGUGCCCCGCGUGGCCGGGUUGGUCGUCCCAACCAGAUUGACGGACACGAGUAACAGGUAUAGCUAUUGUGUAUAUAGGGCUAUGUGCUGCUGCUAAACAGCUUGCAUUUAAUUGAUCACCUCCAUCAACGGCGUUUCGCCAGGAGUUUCGCGCGUUUCCCGGUUAGCGAAUGGUUGAAGCACCGCACAAACAAACAAUUUGGUCAUACGUGGUGUAAACCCUAGGACGAUAUGAAGCUUCUGUGGUUCCUGUCACUUCAACUCGCGUUGUGGGGCUGCACAUGCUAUGCAGCUUACGAGUUCGAUGUGCCACCCUAUGCGUUACGGCGCGCAAUACAGAACUGCUGCAAUUCACGCUUGCUCCGGGUGCUGAAGGUGCGAAGUGCGGGUCGCAAUCGGCGGGUUCCUGGACGGCCGAAGAACCUGCUCCCCCUGGAGAGACAGCAACUCGCAGCAAGUUCAGAUUUUGAUGUAUGAUUGAUGUGUUUUGCGACUGCGCUGGAUCAAAUCGGGCGGGAACGCGGCCAGAGCGGUUAGCCCCGUGGGUUAGCCCUGCUUGC